AUCCUCCAUGCAGCAGGAAGUCGCUGGUGACCAUAAAAAUAACCUCCCUGCAAAUCUUUGGUUAACCCACAGCAAGAGCAGAGUUAUCUCCCAACAGCAAAUAGUUCAUAGCACAGAUGGGCUUCACCCCCAUGGCCAUGGCCAACCCUCCAAAGCCUAUUGGCACCUGCAAAAUCCUACGGGAGGCCCUCACCCUAUCCACCAAAAACGUGAGGCUUAUCCUUCCCAUCCUCCUCAUCUCCAUCCUCUCCACCUUCCUCCUCGUCCUGGGCAGGUACCUCGCCUUCCGCCCUCUCCUCGUGGAUUUGUUUCUCAAGUCCACCUCCUUAAGCAAUUACAAGCCAGGGAGCCCGGAGUUCUCAAACCUCCUUGCCGCCAUCCAAAAGGACGGGAAAGAGCUGGCUGCCGAAGGAGUCAUCUUCUUCAUAGUCGCCUUCUUCAUCCAAUCCCUGCUGCAGAUCACAAUGAUUCAUGCCAUCACCACAACGUACUCCGGGGAGCUCUUAACACAGAAAGAGCUGUUCUUAAAGGUUAAACGGGGACUGAAAGGGCCUAUGAUCACCCAAGUCUAUGCUGCCUUGUUGAACCUGGGCUAUCUUCUUAUACUACUGACCUUGGUGGUGGUUUCAGUAUUCAUGUCGCAGCUUUCAAUUGCUUUGGUUAUCUUGGGUCUUUUCGUAGUUCUCUUGGCACUGGUAUUUUUUCCAUAUUUAGCAACGGUGUUGUCAUUAAGCGCAGUGAUCUCGGUAGCGGAGGAAGGUUGCUACGGAGUGGGCGCAAUCGGGCGUGCCGUGGAGCUCAUCAAAGGGAAGAAGAAGCAAGCGAUUUCGAUCAUCCUUCUCUGUUCUGUACUUGAAUAUGCGAUCGGUAAAGCUCGCAUAAUGGCUGUAGCUUCCUGUCCUCUGUCUACAGCAGCUCAAGCGGCGGCAGGAUUUGUUUAUGCCGCUCUGCUCACGGCCUUGACGUUGUUCACUUUGUCGACGAUCACGGUGCUCUACGAUGAGUGCAAGAGGGACCAUGGAGAAGUGACGAUUGGAAUGGCCGGAGACUAUGCGUAUACUAUUUUGUCUACUGCUGAUGCUCCCGUCAAUAAAGAACUUCCAUGACCGGCUUGACUAGGUUAUGGUCGAAACUACUUCGGUGUGUGUCAUCCCCCUUCAUCUUCUCCUAGUUUCAGACGUUCUAGAUUGUAUGAGUUACGGUACUUCCUCCACCCCUCCUUUUCUGUGUAACAUGGAAGACACCAUAAACUAUAUUAUAUGUGAGCAUGUUGAUAAAGAACUACCAUGACUGGCUUGACUAGGUCAUGGUAAAACUACUUCGGUGUGUGUGUUAUCCCCCUUCA